CACAAAUAUAUUAUCGUAGACGGGGAACAUUUUCAAACUCAAAAUUAAGCAGUUCCCGAGAGUCACAAACAUAUUUAUUGGAUUGAAACUUUCUCCUUCCCACCACUGUUGCUUCCUCAGUCAUGUCCAACGUUCUCAAAGAAAAAUCUGCCACAGAAGUUCACGGAUUAAUAAAAUCCCUGAUUCACAAUCUUGUAGGCAUCCAAGAUACAACGGGAAAGUUCCUCCUUCAUCUGGACAACGGUAUUGUUGUUGACACCAAAGCCUGGAAUGACUGGGAAUGGACACAAGGUGUUGGUUUGUAUGGACUCUGGAAGUACUAUGCCAUGACCAACGACAAGGAAACGCUCGAAAUCAUUCAAAAGUGGUUCCGAGACCGAUUUGCCGAACCUCCAAGACACAAAAACAUCAACACAAUGGCCGUGUUCCUGACUUUGGCGUACGUAUAUGAGGAAACUGGUGACAAAACAUAUGUGCCAUAUCUUGACACCUGGGCAGAAUGGGCCAUGCAUUCUUUGCCACGCACAGAGUACGGCGGUAUGCAACACAUCACAUAUGCGGCAGACAAUACUCAGCAACUGUGGGAUGAUACUCUUAUGAUGACGGUCCUUCCAUUGGCAAAGAUCGGUAAGGUGCUUAACAGACCUCACUAUGUUGAGGAAGCCAAGAGACAAUUCCUUCUUCAUAUCAAGUACCUGUUCGAUACCAAGACAGGAUUGUUCUUCCAUGGUUGGACAUUUGAGGAAGGUGGCCAUAACUUUGCCAGUGCAUUAUGGGGACGUGGAAACAGUUGGAUUACCAUUGUCAUUCCAGAGUUUAUUGAGCUUUUGGACUUGGCUGAAAAUGAUCCCAUCCGUGUACACCUAAUUGAUACUCUCAAUGCUCAAGUGCGUGCUUUGGCCCGCCAUCAAGAUGAAUCUGGUUUAUGGCGUACAAUUAUUGACGACCAUGCUAGUGACUCGUAUUUGGAAGCAUCGGCCACCGCAGGUUUUGCGUUUGGUAUCAUGAAAGCUGUUCGAAAGCAGUAUAUUUCCAGCGAAUUUUCUGAAGUAGCAAUGAAGGCGGUCCGAGGUGUCAUCAGCAACAUUGAUGAAACUGGAGAGCUUCAGAAUGUUUCUUUUGGUACCCCUAUGGGAGAUACCAAGCAAUUCUAUAAGGAGAUUCCACUUACCUCUAUGCCUUAUGGACAAGCCAUGGGCAUGAUGUGCUUGGUGGAGUUGUUAUGGUUGUAUAUCUAGUACAUAGCAUUUUAAACCUUUUUUUUUUUUUGGCAUCAAAUAACAAGUACAAAAAUAAUCAUACAUGGUGUGCGUGAUGUUUUGUGUGCUUCGUAUCCGCUGCCAGCAGAGCCUAUCCGCUUUCCCCGCAUGGCAAUCUGAGUUUCGAUCGAAUAAAGUAGGUUCACAUGCUUGUCACAAUUCCCAACUUUUUUUUAUU